AUGACCAAUAGAGCAGGGCUGCGCUGCUGUGCAGAGGACAGCGUGGAAUUCGUGUGGUUGCCAGGGACCCAGCGCCUGAGUGCUCGGGAGCUGGACCGAGAGUCCGAUGCGCUCCUCCGCACGGGCCGGGAGCUGGAGGGGCCGGGAGGUCGGCAGCGCCCGGAGCCGGAAGGGCGUAUUCUGUACCUCUGUUUUACAGGGUCCAGCUCAGGUAGAAAGCUGAGGGGGCCCGAGCUGAGUCUGAAAGGCACCCAGCACAUCAUGCAGGCGGGCUGGACGCUGGAGCUCAAGUGCAGGGGGGAGGCAGCCCACGAGUGGUUCCUGCCGGACACAGUGAGGAAGGAGCGCAAACGGCUGAGCAUCACCGAGUCCCUCUGCGGGAGGAACAGCCAUCAGUACUGCAGCACGCUGACCCUGACGGCGGCUCAGGCCAACCACACGGGCGCCUACAGCUGCAGAUAUUUAUCCAAGCCCAGCUCCAAGACACGAGCAGAGUCCUCUAUCUAUAUAUUUAUUAGUGACCCCAAUAGGCCCUUCGUAGAGAUGCACAGCGACAUGCCUGAAGUCCUUCAUUUGACGGAAGGACAGGAGAUCAUCAUCCCCUGCCGAGUCUCCUCGCCCAACCUCACGGUGACCUUAACCAAGGUCCCACCGGACCCCCUGGUCCCCGAUAUGAAACGAAUCCUUUGGGACAGUCAGAAGGGCUUUGUCAUCUCAAAUGCGUCCUACAGAGAGAUUGGACUUCUGACCUGUGAGACCACAGUCCACGGACGCUCGUACAACUCAAACUAUCUCACACUUCGGCAAACGAACACCAUCAUCGACGUCCAAAUGAGCACGCCAAGGCCAGUCAGACUCCUCCGAGGUCAGACCCUGACCCUCAACUGCACUGCCACCACAGCCCUCAACACCCGAGUGCAGAUGACCUGGACGUACCCCGACGAGCCAAACAAGAGAGCUACCAUCAGGCGACGGAUUGACCAAAGCAACCCAUUUGCCAAUGUAUUCUACAGUGUUCUCACUAUCAACAACGUGCAGAACCACGACAAGGGGCUCUACACUUGUUACGUCAGGAGUGGGCCGUCACUCAGAUCGGCCAACACCUCAGUGCAUGUAUAUGAUAAAGCAUUCAUCACUGUGAAGCAUCGGGAGCAGCAGGUGCUGGAGACCACAGCCGGCAAGCGCUGUUACCGGCUGUCCAUGAAAGUGAGGGCCUUCCCGCCCCCAGCAGUUGUGUGGUUAAAAGAUGGCUUACCUGCCCUUGAGAAAUCUGCCCGGUAUCUGGUUCACGGCUAUUCGUUAAUGAUCAAAGAUGUCACCGCAGAGGACGCCGGCGAGUACACCAUCCUGCUGGCCACGAAACCGUUCGCUCUCUUCAGAAACCUCACCACGACACUCAUUGUAAAUGUGAAGCCCCAGAUUUAUGAAAAAGCCGUGUCGUCGUUUCCGGAACUUACUCUCUACCCGCUGGGCAGCAGACAGAUCCUGACCUGCACCACGCACGGCGUCCCGCAGCCCACCGUCCAGUGGUUCUGGAAGCCCUGCGGCCACAAGCGUGCCAAAGCAAGGUCUGGCUUUUGUUCCAGUAAUGCAGAGCCCUUGCUCCUGACUCCUGAUAGCAACGUGGGAAACAGAAUUGAAAGCAUCACUCAGCGUAUGGCAGUAAUCGAAGGGAAGAAUAAGACUGCUAGCACCUUGGUUGUGGCUGACUCCAGGGUCUCUGGAUGCUACCGUUGCAUGGCUUCCAAUAAAGUGGGGACAGUGGAAAGAAGCAUAAGCUUUUAUGUCACAGAUGUACCCAAUGGAUUCCACGUCAGCUUGGACAAAAUGCCCACGGAAGGCGAGGACCUGAAAUUGUCCUGCACAGUUAACAAGUUCUUGUUCAGCAACGUGACUUGGCUCCGGCUCCUGACAGUGAACAAUCGAUCCAUGCAGCACAGGGUCGGGAAGGAGAACGUGGCGGUGGCCCGAGAGUACUCCAUGACUCUGAGUCUGACCAUCAAGAACGUUUCCCUACAAGACUCGGGCACCUAUGCCUGCCAGGCCAGGAACCUUAUCACAGGGGAAGACGUUCUUCAGAAGAAAGAAGUGACCAUUCGAGAUCAGCAAGCGCCAUACCUCCUGCGAAACCUCAGUGAUCAAACAGUGGCCAUCAGUAACUCCACCACUUUAGACUGUCAUGCUAAAGGUGUCCCAGAGCCUCAGAUCACCUGGUUUAAAAACAAUCACAAAAUACAACAAGAACCUGGCAUUAUUCUCGGACCAGGAAGCAGCACGCUGUUUAUUGAAAGAGUCACUGAGAAGGAUGAAGGCAUCUACUACUGCAAAGCCACCAACCAGAAGGGCUCCGUGGGGAGCUCGGCGUACCUCACAGUGCAAGGAACCUCCGACAAGUCGAAUCUGGAGCUGAUCACGCUGGCGUGUACCUGUGUGGCGGCAACCCUCUUCUGGCUCCUCCUAACACUCUUUAUCCGAAAACUGAAAAGGUCUUCCUCGGAGAUAAAGGCUGACUACUUAUCCAUCAUCAUGGAUCCCGAUGAAGUGCCCUUGGAUGAACAGUGUGACCGACUCCCUUACGAUGCCAGCAAGUGGGAGUUUGCUCGAGAGAGACUGAAACUAGGCAAAUCCCUUGGCAGAGGGGCUUUCGGGAAAGUGGUCCAAGCAUCUGCAUUUGGCAUUAAGAAAUCACCCACAUGCCGGACGGUGGCUGUGAAAAUGCUGAAAGAGGGGGCCACUGCCAGCGAGUACAAAGCUCUGAUGACCGAGCUCAAGAUCCUGACCCACAUCGGCCACCAUCUGAACGUGGUCAACCUGCUGGGAGCCUGCACCAAGCAAGGAGGGCCCCUGAUGGUGAUUGUGGAAUACUGCAAGUAUGGGAAUCUGUCCAACUACCUCAAGAGCAAACGGGACUUGUUCUUUCUAAACAAGGAUGCAGCAUUACAUGUGGAGCCUAAGAAGGAACAGCUGGAAGCAGACCGAGACCAAGACCAGAAGCCACGGCUGGACAGCAUCACCAGCAGCGAGAGCCUGGCCAGCUCGGGGUUCCAGGAAGAAAAGAGCCUGAGUGAUCUGGAGGAAGAGGAGGAUUCCGACGACUUCUACAAGGAACCCAUCACGAUGGAGGAUCUGAUUUCUUACAGUUUCCAAGUGGCCCGCGGCAUGGAGUUUCUGUCUUCCAGAAAGUGCAUCCACCGGGACCUGGCCGCGAGGAACAUUCUUCUGUCGGAGAAUCAUGUGGUGAAGAUCUGUGACUUUGGCCUGGCCCGAGAUAUUUAUAAGAACCCCGACUACGUGAGGAAGGGUGACACUCGGCUUCCCCUGAAGUGGAUGGCCCCCGAAUCCAUCUUUGACAAAAUCUACAGCACCCAGAGCGACGUGUGGUCGUUCGGCGUCUUGCUGUGGGAGAUCUUCUCUCUGGGGGGCUCCCCGUACCCCGGGGUGCAGAUGGACGAGGACUUCUGCAGCCGCCUGAAGGAGGGCAUGAGGAUGCGGGCCCCUGAAUACGCGACUCCGGAGAUCUACCAGAUCAUGCUGGACUGCUGGCACAAGGACCCGAAGGCGCGGCCCAGGUUCGCAGAACUGGUGGGAAAGCUUGGCGACCUGCUUCAAGCCAACGUGCAACAGGAGGGGAAGGAUUACAUCCCGCUCAGCACCAUCCUGACGGGAAGCAGCGGCUUUCCCUUCUCCGAGGGCUUCUUCAAGGAAGACAUGGUGGCGCCCAGGUUUAGCGCCGGCAGCUCGGACGACAUCAGAUACGUCAAUGCCUUCAAGUUCAUGAGUCUGGAAAGAAUCAGGACCUUGGAAGAAUCUUCCCCACUCAGCACCUCCAUGCUUGAUGACUACCAGAUGGGUUCGAGCACACUGCUGCUGUCCCCGCUGCUGCAGCACUUCCCCUGGACCGAGAGCAAGCCUCAGGCCACCCUCAAGAUGGGCCUAAGAGUGACCAGCAAAAGUAAGGAGUCGGGGCUUCCAGAUAUCCACCGACCGGUGCGCCCCUCCAGCUGUGGGCACUCCCAGGGGGGCAGCCGCCGCUUCACCUACGACCCCUCAGAGCUGGAGAAGGAGAUGUGGAGCUGCUCGCCGCCCCCAGACUACAACUCGGUGGUCUUGUACGCCACCCCGCCCGUCUAGUGGGCCCGAGCGUCCCAGAGCCAGGAGGCCGGCCGCACCUGACAGUCCCUGCUUAGACACAUCCGCCCAUUCCCCCUCCGCACAGGGAAUGCUCCCCCACCCCGUUUAAUCUGCCUUGUUUUAUUUCCCCCUUUACACUGACUAACACGAAUGUAAACCAGACACACAGAGACAUAGUGAGGAGGGGAGAGCGCUGUGGCCAGGUCACUGGGUAGGCAGGGCUCCAGAGAGCCCAGCCCCACCCGAGACCUCAGGGCCCCCAGGGUGGGCACUUCCAGGCCCUUUGGGAAAUCUGAGGAGGGGGCUUCAGAUCGUUCAUACAGACUGGAAUGAAAAGUCCUUGGAUUUGUUUAAUCUGGUGGUGCAUGACUUUUCUGAAGCCAGCCAGGGCACUGCCAGUGCCCUACAGCCCGGGCAAGCCUGGCCUGUCCCUUGUGGGGGAGGGUAGGGAGGAGGUCCACAGCUGCAGUAGCAGGUUCCAGAAGAAUGGGCAGCGCCUCACAUGAGGAAGGAGAGGGUGAAGGGUGGCAUGCAGCAAGGCCACCUGAGUGCCACCAUCCACCCAGUCCACGGGGACAGGGAGGGCGGGGCCUGAGGGGUUCCCUCCAGGUCUGGAGGGGACAUAUAUGUGUAGCUGGAACCGCAAAGUGAAUCUGAACCAGAGGCAGGGAGCUGGCCUGGCCAUUUGCCCCGGGGCCUGGCGCUUGGCACUGCCGCUGCCCCCAGAGCACCGGCCGAGACCCUGCGCGAACUCCAUGAGGUGGUCGCCUCAUCUGUGUGCGUGUGUCCCAUCUAAGUCUGUGUUCGCAGUGUUCUGUUCAUGCCUGGUGCAGACACUCCACUGUGGGGACCCCGGACCGCUGAGAGGAUGGGCUCUCUCGACCCAAAGGACGGGCCCAGCAGCCAGACUGUUCUGACCUAAAGCACAGCCAGUGUGCCCCACCCCCACCCCACCAGCCUCCUGGAAGAGUGUUAGCCCAGGGCUGACAGGUGACCCGUGGCCAGGAAGGUGAGGAGUGGGACAUGCAAUGGUCAUGAGUCCCCCUUAGCCCACGUGGGACUUUGUCCAGGUCGGUGGUGAGGAGCGUGUGGUCAAGGAAGGGCUGGGGCCCUGGCUCUGCAGCCUAGCCAGGCUGGGUGUGUGGCCAGGAAGGUGAGGAGUGGGACAUGCAGUGGUCAUGAGUCCCCCUUAGCCCACGUGGGACUUUGUCCAGGUCAGUGGUGAGGAGCGUGUGGUCAAGGAAGGGCUGGGGCCCUGGCUCUGCAGCCUAGCCAGGCUGGGUGUGUGGCCAGAAAGGUGAGGAGUGGGACAUGCAGUGGUCAUGAGUCCCCCUUAGCCCACGUGGGACUUUGUCCAGGUGGGUGAUGAGGAGCGUGUGGUCAAGGAAGGGCUGGGGCCCUGGCUCUGCAGCCUAGCCAGGCUGGGUGUCUGUGACUCGCCCUCUCUGUCGUCAGGAUGUUGGCACCUGACUGGUGGGCCUGGGAAAGGAACCAGGUUCCCUGGUGGCACUGGGAAGUGGCGUCCAGCGGGAGGAAGAUGAGGCUCCAUGCCCCCACUGAGAGGGUCAGCCUGCAGGACAGCCGUGAGGGGAGCCCAUGCGAUGGCAGUGGGGCCUGGGAGCAGCAUAGUUCCCUUUGGGUCACACACAGCGUGACUCCAUGGGUACCAUGACACCCGUCACUUUGUGGAAAGGCACUCUGGAGGCACGAGAGCCUGGGAGGCCGAGGCUGGGUCACAGGGUGUCCAUCCACGGCCACCAGAGAGCCCAGCACGUCCCCUUCUUUGCACCCUCCCAGAGCCACGUGGACACACAGCACAGCCAGGAGGAGCGGUGGGGAACCAGGGCCCCUGCCACCCUCUGGUUUCACGAGCAAUCAGGGAGCACAGAGCAGAGGCUGAGCCUCCAUCUGAGGUCUCUGUCAGGGCCCGCCUUCCUCGCGGAGACGCUAAGGGGCUGACGAUUCCUGCUACCCCAGUCACUCAGGUCUGUCGCUCACAGGAGCCCGCCCCUCAAAAGGUCAUGAAGCUUCCCCCACCCCCAAUGGCUUCACACCAAAGGGGAAGCCCAGAAGGGCGAGUCUCCAGCCAUGAGGUGUUUCCGACAGAUUGGCCCCUCGGGACAGCACCUACUGAAAGCUUGGGGGCCCAACUCAAGGACAGUGCUGUCAGAAGCCUGGGUUCUGGCACCCCACCCAGGCACGCGUGUUUCCUUUUCGGUGAUGCGUCUCCUCGGGGUGGGGGUCGGGGAUGCUGAACGCUCCUCCCAGGGGCCAUGGUCAGGCCACCCCGCCGAGUGUCCAAAUGCUUCAGCAAUGUAGCCCAGAUGAGGCGAAUGUGGCGCGUGAGAGCCACCUGCUAGCCCCUCCCAGGUGGACGGAGAGAAGCCUGUCUUCGACUGAUGGUGGAGGCGACCACACGUGUGUAUAUAAGAGUGUGUAUGUAUGUGUGCCUAUUUAAGGAAACUGGAAUUUAAAAAAUACUUAUAUAAAAGCCAAGGGUAUAUGCUGCAGAUACAAGACACAGUUUGGUCCUAUAUUUCUAGUCAUUUAUGAAUGUAUUUUGUACACAAUCUCCAUAUAAUAAACUUAACUGCCAAAGCA